AAGGUGUACAUUUUCCAUAGUUGUAACACUUGGCAGACAAGUUGGCAACCAGUUUAUUAUUAUUACUAAGUUGUUAUCAAAGAGAUCACUUGAAAUGCCAGGAAUUAAGUAGUUUUAUUCAAUGUACAGUACUCCAGAAUAUACUGAGCAGUUACGUUUAUUAAGGAAUAAUUAAAUGUACAUACCUUCGGCAUCUUUGAUGAUAAACCUAACUCAAUUUACUCCAAAGAUUAGUGUUGAGUUUAUCCAAGCUUUUUUAGCCUUAUUAAUGUCAGAUUUAGCAGUAUGAAACCCUUUAUUCAAAAAUUUUGUGACCAAGCAGGCUUCUUGAAAAGGUUACUGGAAUGCAGCAUACUUUUAAGUUUGUCACAGUUUAUAAAGUCCAACCACUUGUUUCUUUGGCCUUCGUCAAACUCUUCUCUGUUACUUGCACAAUUGGGAAUGAAACACUUAAAAAUACAUUUUAAAACUAAAAAUUAUAUACAAAAUACACUAAAGCUAAAGAAAACGUCCCGUAGAAAUAUAUAACCUAUUAAACAAUAAACAUCCUUUCGUAAAAUAGCAGUAAAAUGCCAAUAAAACUUUAUUUAUAAUUUAUAGUUAGUUCAUACUUCAUAGAAAAACAAAAUGAAAAUUUCCAAGAAAACUUUUUUUUUUUUUCCUUUCUUGGCCUGCACGGUUUGUGCGUCAGCCAUGCAAAAAGGUUAGGAAGUAAGAUUUAUUUUAUUGAAUUGGAAAUUGGAACGGAAUUUGGAAAAGGAUCAGGAAAAUUUAGUAUAUAAGUACAUAAAUGAUUAUAAUUUUAUAUUGUUAUGAAAAAUGAAACUGGCUAAAAUUCUAUAUACAUCAAUAUUUACAUAAGAUAAAAGGACAGAAAUUGAAGUAGGAAAAGGAAUUUUAAUGGACAAAAGCGAGGAAAUAAAAGCGGAACGGUCAUGUCGAGGACAAGCAAAGAAUAUAUGGUUAAAAUCCCCAACGUCAUUGCCACACUCACAUAUAUCGCUAGGCAAAAGUUUAAGUCGUGCCAAAUGCAAGGGAAUGCAUGCAUGGCCCAGCCUCAUACGAAUAAGGGUCGAAGUGGUAGCUUUACCAAACGUCAGAUUUGAAAACCACGUUUUAGGAGGUAUAUCCACCUGGAUCGUGCUAUAAUAUCGACCUAUAGUCUGACUUGAAGAACGCCAAAUAUGUGUCCAAGAAUUCAAUAACUGGGAUUUAGGAAGGAGAGCCAAAUCACAACAAAAGUUUUUGUACGGAACUAGAUCUCCGUCAUUGACUGCAGCUUUGGCAAGGCUAUCGGCCUUGGUAUUGCCAAAGAUACCUGAGUGCCCCGGAAUCCAAGCAAAAGAAACUGUGUAAUUUUUGAUGCAACAUUGAUACAAUAAAUCACGACAUGCAAUAAUAACUGGAUGAUUAUUUCUGUUACUGCUAAAAGGAAAUCUUUCCAAGGCUUGGAGGGCACUUUUAGCAUCGGUAAAAAUUAUUGAGUUUUUUAACUUCAUGAUUAAAAUGUACUCCAGAGACUUCAACAGACCAAAACAUUCUCCAGUAAAUACUGAAGUCUCUGGAGGCAAUUUUAUUUUCUGUACAAUGCCAAACUGUUGAUGGAAAACGCCAACUCCCACACACUUCUCGGAACCGGGUUUGGAAGAAUCACUAAAAAUUAAAUGGCAAUGUUUCCAUCGGCUGUCACUGUCAACAAUAUUAAUAAAUUUGGCGUUGGCAGAAGGAUCUUGUUUACAUACACCGAAAUCAAACAAAAUAGAUGGUUUUAAAAUUAAGGCAUCAUAGUUAACACAAAAUAUAGGAAGGAAUUGUGAUCUAUGUGUUGGAGCUUGAAGAGCUAAGAAUUUUUGGAGACUAACAAUAAGGCAUGGCGGCGAUUUAUGAGCCCAGUACGGAUAGUCCAUACAUUCCAACAGAGACCGUAACUUAGAGUAAAGAGGAUGAUUAUAGACUUGGAAUGCUCUAAACAGGAACCUGUCACAAAGAAAUUGUCGUCUGAGAUGCAGGGGCGCUUCAGAACAUUCAACCUGCAAAGCGUUAAUAGGGCUCGAACGCAUAGCCCCAGCAAUUAUUCUCAGAGCCUUAGACUGGAUAAUGUCUAACUUAUGGAGAGCUACUGCAUUACAGGGUUCAAGAAUAAAUGUUCCAUAGUCUAAAAUACUCCUUAUUAGGGCAUUAUAUAGAAGCUUUAGAGAGAAAGGGUGGGCUCCCCACCAAACUCCAGAGAGGCAGCGCAGUAUAUUUAGAAUCUUCUCACAUUUGGCACUUAUAUAGUAGCAAUGAGGGAUGCCUGUAAGUCUCGAGUCUAAAAUUACUCCAAGAAAUGUUGCUUCGCUUUUAACGGGAACUCUAAUGUUAUUAUAACACUGUACAGACACUGGAGGAGGAAACCUCAUACGUGAAAAUAAGACUAUACUACUUUUAGAAACUGAAAGGCUGAGACAGUUAUUGUCAAGCCAAACUUUUAGUAACUUAAGGGAAUAUGUCAUAGUAUCAGACAUGUUGUGAACAGAAUCACCAGAGACAUAGAGGAGUAAAUCAUCUGCAUAUUGGAGUGUGCUAACUUUACCCUUAAGGGAGGCUUCCAGAUCAUGAGAAUAUAUAUUGUAAAUUAAGGGACUUAAAACUGAGCCCUGGGGUAUACCUUUCCAGGCAAUACGGGAUUGAAUUGAAAGGUUGACAUUAUCAUAGGCUGCAGAUACAUCUAAAAAUGCUGCUAACACAGAGUUAUUGUACGAAAAAGCCAAUCUUAAAUCUGUCAUAAAAAUGCUGAGACUAUCCAUUGUACUCCUACCUUUCCUAAAUCCAAACUGGUUUGGAGAUAGUAACCCCUUACUCUCAAUAAACCAUUCUAACCUAUUUUUAACUAAAUGUUCGGAAAUUUUGGAAAUAACUGAACCUAAUGCAAUUGGUCUGUAAGAUGAUGGAUCAUUAAUCGGUUUGUCGGGCUUAUGUAUUGGGAUAACUUCAUGGAUUUUCCAUGAUGGAGGAAUAUUACCUGUUGUUAAAAUUGAAUUAAUUAAACUAAGAAAAUAAGAAAGGCAGGAGUCGUUCAGGUUUUGAAGAAAAGAAUAUGGGAUUCCAUCACAACCUGGGGCUGAGUCCCUAAGUUUUGAAAGAACCCCUUUGAGUUCUGAAAGGCUAAAGGAAAUGAAUGAAUCGCUACUAUCAUGCUGGGAGAGGAGAGAAGACUGUAGGUCAGAAGAAAUAUUAUCUAUAGAUGGGACAAAUGGUGGAGCUAAUUUAUCAAGAAACAAAUCAACUGUACUGCUAUCCAUAAAAGGAGACCUUGGAGGCUUAAAAGCUGAUCUGAAUCUACGAAUAUUUUGCCAAACUUCAGAUGGAGAAAUGUCUGGUGAAAUUGAGGCACAAAAAGAUUUCCAGCCAUUGAAUCUUUUUUGUUUUAAUAAUUUACGUGUUUUAGUUAUAAGAUUACAAAGAAUAUUAAAAUUUUGUGUUGUAGAAUUU